AUGGCAACCUCUCUCGCCAAGCAGUUGGCGCAGAUUGCCGCCAAAUCCAAGACGACUCUGAACGCCAAAGCCCAGAAAGCCGCCCAUUCCAAGUCCUUGAUAUGGGAACCCAAGGUUGCCGCGAGUCAGAGCUUCCAGAGCCUCUACCCCGUGUGCUAUGAAGGUUUCGAAGAGCUCUGCGGUCUCGACGCCCGCUUCACCCCGUUCCGCGCCACUCUCUUUAGCGAACAGAGCCAAUACGAGGAUAGGACGCAGCUCACCGAAGCCGAAAAUAGGGAGCUCGACGGGAAGGUUGAGUCUUUCCUGCGUCUUGUGGGUAGCCGCUUGCGGUUGAUGCCUGCAAUCAAGGCCAUUGAGUGGUUGAUCCGACGAUUCAGGAUACACGAGUUUAACACUGCCUUUUUACUCACGACAUUCCUUCCCUAUCAUACCCUACCCGUUUUCAUCACGCUCCUCUCGAUCCUCCCAUCUCAAAUACCCGAUGAUUAUCGAUUCCUUCAGCCCUACAUCCGAUCGCUUACACCCCCCCCGCGAGCUGCUCUCGUCCACCAGACCAUACACCAUCGCAAUUUCCUCGCUCUGAUCUCUGAAUAUACCCUCGAGUCCUGCAGCACGAAGCAGCACUACCAAACCUUAAUCGCCUUUUGGGGUGGCAUUUUGACCGAGGCCGUGAAUGGACUAGUAGAUAAGAACAAGUCGGGUCGGAAGGCCCUGCAACACGACAAUGACCAGGCUCUUCUCCACCAACUCGGCCCCAUCUUCGGCGAGGCCCUCAUGAUGAAGAAAGUCCCUCAGGCUCAGAUCGCUGCCUAUAUGGCCCUCACUGUCUUCGUGUCCAAGGGCGACUUUGGAGACGCUGCCGUGUCGGCCUUUAUGGAGCAGCUUGCGCUCGGCUGGACGGGCGAGACCGUACGACCGGGAUUGGUUUGUCUCUCUAUUCUGGGUCAGCACAGGUCAGCCAAACAGGUCUCUGGAAAGAUUGCAAAGGCCCUCCUAAAGGUCCCCGAGGUCGAGAAACACCUCGUUGAAAUUGGCCGGGAAUGGAAGGUUGAUAGACUUGCGAACGGCCUUUGCCUGGCAAUGAUUGAUCGCGCAGCGAGGAAGGGUUGUGCUCGCGGACUUCCAAUCGUCGGCGCCCUCAUUCGGGCUAACGUCCUGACACCCAAGCAAACUUCGGUCCUGUUUAAGGCCCUGCUUUUGAUUGGCACGAACCUCAGUGAAGAGGUGGACAAGAGUGGAAGUGUGAGGAAAGAACUGGGGUCCAUGCUUGUCCAGCUUUCGCAGGACCCUGGCGAGUGUGGCGACAUCAUUCAGAGCGCCAUUACCGACGUCGACUUCGAUAUGGACCAGCUGGAGAUGAGAUUGGAUCUGUCUCUCCGACAAAGCAAAAUGCUUCCCUCCACCGAGGAGGGUGCUAUGGAUACGGAGGAUGCCGUCGAAGUACCGAAGGAGAGCAUUAGUGACGAGUUGGCCAAGUUGGCUCAACUGUCGGGCGGGUUGGCCUCUGAUCUUGGUCCCGAUGCUGGGGAUGCUUUCGGUCCGGCUAGUGAAGUCUUCUUGCGUGCGAUUAUAGACUCGUCAUCCGAGAAGGUGCUCCACGAAUUCGACUCCCUACCGAUAUUAUCUCGAGAACAAGCCCUGACCAGCCCGACGUAUUUUGUCUUCUUCAUGCGCAUCUGGUGUGGAACUUUCCCGGCACUGGCCAAGGCCAAGGCAUUGGAGAUGGCAAAGAACCGACUCAAGGCAUGCGAAAACGAGAAUGUCGACUUCCAGGCCCUCUUACCGUAUAUCCUCGCGGCCUUAAGCGACCCGUCGAAGAAAGUGCGUCAGGCGGCUGCUGACUUCUUGAUUAUUCUUAACAAGGUGUACUCUAGCAACACGAAAGGAGCGGCGGUCUGGGCGAAGACGCUCUAUCCUAGCUCCCAAGGCAGGGAUGCCAUGAACAGUGACGCCGCUGUCAAGACCCUACAGACGGUGUUUAUCCCAGCUCUCGAGGAAUGUGUAAUGCACCAAGACCACGUCAGCUUCUUAUUCGAGUCUGCCAUCGGACCACCCAAGUCCAAGGAUGCUGACGAGGGCAAAACCGACCGCCUCCCCCCGCCCGUAAGGCUUGCGUUCUUCCGAUUCGCUGCUGGUGCCCUUCUUCGCACUCCCUUCUUGCUGGUAAAGGAACGUCUCCUCAAGGCGCUUAACCGCGUUCGAUCUGUCGGUACCACCAGCAGAACACAGGUGCUUCUGCCCGCGUUGAAUUGGUGGGCGGGUUUGACCGCCGAGGAGGCAUCUGAGCUUGUCCGGAAAGAACGCCUUGAUGAGUCUGACCUUAACAAGAGGUUUGUGGGCGUCGUCGUUGCAAAUGAUUCGACAGGCUUGCAGGCCCUCAUGAAGAUUGUCGUGACUUCGAAAGAUACUCGGGAGGAUUUCAUUGAAUCCAUAUUCGUGCGCCUUCGGAAUCUCUGGCCCCUGAUGAGGCCCGAGAACAAGUCGGCCAUUGCCAACCAGAUGCUCGACUUGGCUCUUAGCGGAUCGGAUGCUGAGGAUAUGCCUCGACCCACAGCAGUCGAGGCUGCUGAACUUCUACGAAGUGUCAAGUUGACCACUGAGAUCCUCUCUCACUUCCUCGAGUCCAUUCACAUGGAGACCAACAUCGUAGUCGACUCUCCCCCGAACAAGCGACGCCGCCUGAGCAACGAAAUGACUCGGGGGGCUCCUCUCCACGGAGGGCUCGAGAUUGCCGCUGCGCUAAAGAAGGCCACUUUCGUCCUCCAGCUUAUUGAGCUCUCCGACCCCGCUGCCCACGCCGCGCUUCUCCCGAGCCUGUUCUCGACCCUCGCCAAGCUACAUACCUUCCGCGCAGCCGUCGGAUCAGACUUGGGUUACCUGCAAAAUGUGGUCCUCACGAGCCUUCAUGCCAUGCUCCCCGCGUACAAGGCCAACAGUGACCUCAAGAUUACAAUUUCCGACGGCUACGGUGACCUACUCGUAAACUGCAUCCAGAAGUCUUCCAGCCCCAUCGUCCAGAACGCCGCGCUUCUCCUCAUCGCCAGUCUCGCUACGACGGCGCCGGACGUGGUCAUCCACUGUGUCAUGCCGAUCUUUACUUUUAUGGGAGUAUCCGUCAUUCGACAGAGUGACGACUACUCGGCGCAUGUCGUCAACCAAGUCAUCAAGGAGGUUGUGCCGCCGCUGGUGGCUACGCUUCGCAAGGGCAAGAGGAGUGUCGUGGCUGCCUCGUCCGAGCUGCUUUUGAGCUUUACGUCUUCGUACGAGCAUAUCCCUUCGCACCGUCGCUUUGGAAUUUUCAUGUCGCUUGUUGAUACCCUCGGCGCGGACGAGUUCCUGUUCGCCAUCAUUGCUCUACUCGUUGAGAAACAGGGCCCCACUGAGGGCGUCCUUAGCUUCGUGACCGAGCUCCUCGACCGCCAUAAUGUCAAGACGCAGCUCGACACUCUUGUCAAGCUCAUUAGCCUCAUUGGCGACUUGUUCAAGCCCGCACCCAAUCUCGCCAGCGCUCUUCUCCGGCCCACGAGUAAACUAGAUCCCCAGGUGUCUCAAGCGGCCGCUCUUAACCAGCUCUCAGCCCUUCCCGCCCUGCUUUCUAGCAGGAGGCUACGGAUCCAAGUUCGUAAGAUUACCGAGCACGACGACAUGCAGGCUUCUGAGGUGCGCGAGCUUUACGCCGGUCUCCUCGAGAACCUCCUACUACUCGCCGACGCCGUGAAGGCUCACAAGGAACUCUACGCCCUGUGCGGAGAGUCGCUCGCAAGCCUCCUCAACCUUCUCACCAUCGGCGAGUUCAUCAAGGCGGUCGAGAACCUCCUUGACAGGCCGAACCUGGGUCUUCGCCAAAAGGUCCUCAAGGCUCUCGAGACCCGCGUGAACCAAGAAAGCAGCGCGGACCCCAGCUCCCGCGCGGUGCUGCUCGGCUUCCUGCCCCAGCUCACGGCGGCGAUCCGCGACUCGGACGACAUCCGCUACAAGCACACGGCCGUGGCCUGCGUCGACAAGAUUGCCGAGAAGUACGGUGAGAGAGACCUCGAGGCCGUGGCGGCCGCCGCUUCGAUCAUCGCCGGCGAGCAUUGCUUGGGCCAGCCCGACAAGCACCUGCGCGUUAUGGCUCUUUUGUGCCUCGCGUCGCUCGUCAGCGUCCUUGGUCACGGCGUCAUUCCCGUGCUGCCCAGCGCCUCUACGUAUGCCAUGAACUACCUCCGGGAGUGCAUGGCUGGCAACAAGGAGGCCAACGCCGAGCUUCACAAUGCUUGCUACUUUUUCGUUCUUUCUGUCGUUCAGCACAUGCCGGAGAUGAUUACGGGUUCAUACCUCGAACAGCUGCUUGCUAUUUCUAACGCUUCGGCUGAGUAUGGAUGGGAUAGUGAAGCGAAUGACAGUAGGAAGAGCUGUCUUAAGUCGUUGGCGACGCAGGUUACCCCAAAGACUUUGUUUACGGGGCUUUCGAAUGGUUGGCCGACGGCUGCUGGCGCUGGUUUCAAGGCUAUUGCGGAGUACAUUGAUCUCAUCCGCACUGCCAUCAUCGCUCACCGCGAGCAAACCAUUCGAAAGAACGUCUCCUCGCUCUCCUCCAUCUUCCUCAACGCCUUCGACUUCCGCAGGCAAGAGUUCGAAAAGGGCCCUGUCAACGAGUCUGUUUCCGCCAAGGUCGCCGAGAUCGAAGGCUCCGUCAACGAAGUAGCGCUCCUCAUGAUCCACAAGCUCAACGACGGCACCUUCCGACCCAUCUUCUCGCAAUUGAUCGAGUGGACCACCGCAGGCACGCAGCAGCUGCCUAAGUCGGACACCGCGGGACAUCUACGCAGGUCGCAGAGCGUCUACGGCUUCCUAUACGCCUUCUUCAACCAGCUGGGUAGGAUCGUCACCAGCUACGCAACGUACAUGCUCGAUGACGCUGUGCGGCUCCUCAAGUCCGCGAACCCGACCAAGAGCAGUGAGGAGCGCACCCUCUGGGAGAGUGUCCUCAAAGUCCUCGCCAAGUGCUUCGAGCACGACGAAGACGGGUUCUGGCAAAGCCCCGCGCACUUUGAAGCCGUAGCACCCAUCCUCGUCGAGCAAUUCCGCUACGCCUCCUCAUCCAGUUCCUCCGACCUCCUCCUCACCGAAACGCUAACCCCAGCCAUAGUCGAGCUAGCGCGCGCCGCCAGCUCCCAAACGCACCAGAAGGAGCUUAACACGUCGAUCCUCAAGCUCCUGCGCUCGGAGCAGGCGUCGAAGCGUCUCGCGGCUGUCAAGUGUCAGCAGGCGCUGGCGAAUAGGUUGGGCGAGGAGUGGUUGGCGAUGUUGCCGGAGAUGUUGCCGUUUAUUAGCGAGUUGCAGGAUGAUGACGAUGAGGUUGUGGAGCGGGAGACGCAUCGGUGGAUUGUGGGUAUUGAGGGGGUGCUUGGGGAGAGUUUGGACAAUAUGUUGCAGUAG